AUGCCGGACCAGAUCUCCGUGUCCGAGUUCAUCGUUGAGACCACCGAGGACUACAACUCGCCCACCACGUCCAGCUUCACCACGCGGCUGCACAACUGCAGGAACACCGUGACGCUGCUGGAGGAGGCGCUAGACCAAGAUAGAACAGCUUUGCAGAAGGUGAAGAAGUCUGUGAAAGCAAUCUAUAAUUCUGGUCAAGACCAUGUACAAAAUGAAGAAAACUAUGCCCAAGUUCUGGAUAAGUUCGGGAGUAAUUUUUUAAGUCGAGACAACCCAGAUCUUGGCACCGCUUUCGUCAAAUUUUCUACUCUUACAAAGGAACUGUCCACCCUGCUGAAAAAUCUGCUCCAGGGGCUGAGCCACAAUGUGAUCUUCACCUUGGACUCCCUGCUGAAAGGAGACCUGAAGGGAGUCAAAGGAGAUCUCAAGAAGCCAUUCGACAAAGCUUGGAAAGAUUAUGAGACAAAGUUCACAAAAAUUGAGAAGGAGAAGAGAGAGCAUGCGAAGCAGCACGGGAUGAUCCGCACGGAGAUCACGGGGGCCGAGAUCGCGGAGGAGAUGGAGAAGGAGCGGCGCCUCUUCCAGCUGCAGAUGUGCGAGUAUCUCAUUAAAGUCAACGAGAUCAAGACCAAAAAGGGCGUGGACCUGCUGCAGAAUCUCAUCAAGUAUUACCACGCGCAGUGCAAUUUCUUUCAAGAUGGCUUGAAAACGGCUGACAAAUUGAAACAGUACAUUGAAAAACUGGCUGCUGACUUAUAUAAUAUAAAACAAACCCAGGAUGAAGAAAAGAAACAGCUCACUGCCCUCCGGGACUUAAUAAAAUCCUCUCUUCAGCUCGAUCAGAAAGAAGACUCCCAGAGCCGCCAGGCGGGGUACAGCAUGCACCAGCUCCAGGGCAACAAGGAGUAUGGCAGCGAGAAGAAGGGGUACCUUCUGAAGAAGAGUGACGGGAUCCGCAAAGUGUGGCAGAGGAGGAAGUGCGCGGUCAAGAACGGCAUGCUGACCAUCUCCCACGCCACAGCUAACAGGCAGCCAGCCAAGCUGAACCUUCUCACCUGCCAGGUGAAGCCGAACGCCGAGGACAAGAAGUCUUUUGACCUGAUUUCACAUAAUAGGACGUAUCACUUCCAGGCAGAAGAUGAGCAGGAUUACGUAGCGUGGAUAUCAGUGCUGACAAACAGCAAAGAGGAGGCCCUGACCAUGGCCUUCCGCGGAGAGCAGAGCGCGGGCGAGAACAGCCUGGAAGACCUGACCAAAGCCAUCAUCGAGGACGUCCAGCGGCUGCCUGGCAACGACGUCUGCUGCGACUGCGGCUCCUCAGAACCCACCUGGCUUUCAACCAACUUGGGUAUUCUGACCUGCAUAGAAUGUUCUGGAAUCCACAGGGAAAUGGGGGUCCAUGUUUCCCGCAUUCAGUCUUUGGAACUAGACAAACUGGGAACUUCUGAACUCUUGCUAGCCAAGACUAUUGGGAACAAUAGUUUCAAUGAUAUUAUGGAAGCAAAUUUACCCAGCCCCUCACCAAAACCUACCCCAAUGAGUGACAUGACGGCACGGAAGGAGUAUAUCACGGCGAAGUAUGUGGACCAUCGGUUUUCGCGGAAGACCUGUUCAUCUCCGUCAGCUAAACUGAACGAAUUGCUGGAGGCCGUGAGGUCCCGGGACUUACUUGCACUCGUCCAGGUCUACGCGGAAGGCGUGGAGCUCAUGGAGCCACUGCUGGAGCCCGGGCAGGAGCUCGGGGAGACCGCCCUUCAUCUUGCAGUCCGGACUGCAGACCAGACAUCUCUCCAUUUGGUUGACUUCCUUGUCCAAAACUGUGGGAACCUGGACAAGCAGACGGCCCAGGGGAACACGGCCCUGCACUACUGCAGCAUGUUCGACAAGCCCGAGUGCCUGAAGCUGCUGCUGCGGAGCAAGCCCACCGUGGACGUGGUGAACCAGGCUGGAGAGACUGCCCUCGACAUAGCGAAGAGACUGAAAGCCACCCAAUGCGAAGAUCUGCUUUCCCAGGCUAAGUCCGGAAAGUUCAACCCACACGUCCACGUGGAAUACGAAUGGAACCUGCGGCAGGAGGAGAUGGAUGAGAGCGACGACGACCUGGACGACAAGCCGAGCCCCAUCAAGAAGGAGCGCUCGCCGCGCCCCCAGAGCUUCUGCCACUCCUCCAGCAUCUCCCCACAGGACAAGCUGGCGCAGCCGGGAUUCGGCACCCCGCGGGACAAGCAGCGGCUCUCCUACAGCGCCUUCACCAACCAGAUCUUCACCUCCACGAGCACAGACUCCCCCACGUCACCCACCUCGGAGGCACCUCCAUUGCCUCCUCGAAAUGCCGGCAAAGGUCCCACUGGCCCACCUUCCACGCUCCCCCUCGGCAUGCAGACCUCCGGCGGCACCUCCACCCUGUCCAAGAAGCGGCCCCCUCCACCACCACCUGGACACAAGCGAACGCUGUCGGACCCUCCCAGCCCACUACCUCACGGGCCCUCCAACAAAGGCGCAGUCACCUGGGGUAACGAUAUGGGUCCAUCCUCAUCAAGUAAGACCACAAACAAGUUUGAGGGGCUGUCUCACCAGGCGAGCACCGGUUCCGCGAAGUCUGCCCUUGGCCCGAGAGUUCUGCCUAAACUACCUCAGAAAGUGGCACUCCGGAAGACCGAGACCAGCCACCAUCUCUCCCUGGACAAGGCCAGCAUCCCGCCCGAAGGCGUCCAGAAAUCGGCGCCGCUGGCAGACCUACCCCAGAAGCCCCCUGGAGACCUGCCCCCGAAGCCCACCGAGCUGGCGCCCAAGCCCCAAAUCGGAGAUCUGCCACCUAAGCCAGGAGAACUGCCCCCCAAGCCUCAGCUGGGCGACCUGCCCCCCAAGCCCCACCUCUCAGACCUGCCCCCCAAACCACAGAUGAAGGACCUGCCUCCCAAACCGCAGCUGGCGGACCUGCUGGCCAAGGCCCCGCCCACCGACAUCGCCCCGAAGUCGCACUCGGUGGAUCUCUCCCCCAACGUGCCGGCCCGCGACGCCAUCCAGAAGCAGGCCUCCGAGGACUCCAAUGACCUGACGCCCGAGAUGCCCGUGCCGCUGCCCAGGAAGAUCAACACGGGGAAAAACAAGGUGAGGCGCGUGAAGACCAUCUACGACUGCCAGGCCGACAACGAAGACGAGCUGACCUUCAUUGAGGGCGAGGUGAUCAUCGUCACCGGGGAGGAGGACCAGGAGUGGUGGAUCGGCCACAUCGAGGGAGAGCCCGAAAGGAAAGGGGUCUUUCCUGUGUCCUUUGUUCACAUCCUGUCUGACUAGCGAGAAGGAGAACCUGAGACUGUCCACACCCUUCAUGGCUGACGCCGCGGCGCCCUGUGCACACGUGUAUAUAGCUGCUGUUACAGAACCUGACCCGCCCGGGGCGCCCAGGAGGGAGCGUGGUGUGUGUUGUAAAUAAAUGCCCUGUUAUCUUCCGCCUUCGCCAGUAUUAAUGGGAGCCUGGGACCGGCGUCUUCCUGGUUUGCCAAAGCCAUCCUGGCGUCUAGCACCUACAUCUCUCUCUGUGCCGUUUUCCAAGCGAGCAGGAGCCUAGGAACCGCCGGCUUUUCACACAGAAGUGGUCUCAGCUGCACCCAAAGGCACAGCAUGGACUGUGCCCAGCGGCGGCGUUCUCCCCGUUACUGAGCGAGCACGGUCGCCGGGCGGCCUGUCUUCUGGGGAGACUGAGCUCCGACAGGCCGCCUGCAGUCUGUGCUCACAGUUUACAGCUCCAGCGCCCACCGGGCAUCUAUUACAGCAAGUGCUCGGUUAAACGUGAGUGUGAUCCCUUCAGCAGAACAGUCACGCCCCCAGCCUCGGGGGCACGCAGGUCGGCCAGUGGACUCAGACGUCCCGGGAGCAGUGCCCGCCCGGGACGUUACCUCAUUAUGCAAAGAUGACGUAGCCUUCAUGACGAUUCGGACAGAAGCUGAUGCCCUCGGUGACGUUCCUCUUUCAGGCCCGAGGGCUGCCAGGAACUCAGCCUCCUCGCCGUGCAUGCGUUAGACGCCUCCGGAGCCUGCCUUCCGUAAAGGACCGCGGAGCCGGUGGCCUGCACACUUUAACCUGAUUGCCAUUAAAAGCAGAGAUGAUAAGGUUG